AUGCUGCUCGCUCGGCCGCUGCCGCUGCUCGUCGCUCUGACCUCGUCGCUGCACGGCAGCCGCAUCGCCAUGUGUGCGACGGCUGGUGAGGACAUGCUGCGGCAGCCGACGUGGGCUGUGAUUGGGGACGUGCUCCAUCCCAGGAAACCAGCACGUGCGGUUGCUGAGCGCCUGGAAGCCCUUGGCAAGACCGUCGUGCGAGUCAAUCCUCGCGUAAAGCCGGGCACCGACCCGCACGGAGUCAUCUUUCGAAGCCUCCGCGACGCGGCAGCGAAGAGCGACAUCGACGUCGUCGACCUAAUCAUCAACCCGCGGGAUGGGCUCGUGCAAAUGGAGCACGCGGCCGCCCUCGGCAUCAAAUCUGCGUUUGUGCAGCCGGGCGCCGGCUCGGACGAGAUCCUCGCCCUGUGUGAGCGGGAGGGCAUCGCGGUGCAUGAGGGGUGCGUGCUGCGAGAGACAUGA